UAACUGAUAAUACUGUAAUAAAUUGCUAUUUACUUAUUGAUUGUGUAAAAACACAUUACCUUAUAACCGUAUACAGGUAAAUACAUUUCUUCCUCGUUAAAGGAAAGAAGAUAAUCUUGGUUGUCAUGUUGUGCAGAGAUGGCGCUGGAGGAAGGAGCACGGAGCUGUCUGUUGCGCUUUCGCCAUAAUCUAGAGCAAGACAUCCAGCCUUCCCACCUAAUGGACCACAUGAUCGCUGAUGGUGUGAUGACUGUCGAUGAGGAGGAUAGGAUCACGGCUCAGCGUACCAGGAAGGAUCGGGCUGUGACUUUGCUGGAGCUGCUGCUGAGAAAGGACAACUAUGCUUACACCUCCUUUUACAAUGCACUUGUCAAGGAGGGAUAUGAUGAUUUGGCCAAUCUGCUCCAUGAUAAUCUACCUGAUGUACAUAAGAACCCCUCUGAUGGCUCCACAUCUUACGUUCAGACAGUGCUGAGUGAAGGUGGUGUACCACAGAGGCCAGUGGUGUUUGUCAGCCGACCAGAGCUGGUGAACCGGGUCAGGGAGAAACUUUACCGUCUGCAGAAAGAGGCUGGCUGGGUCACUGUGUUUGGAAUGGCUGGCUCGGGCAAAUCUGUCCUGGCUGCAGAGGCUGUCAGACACCAUGAACUCAUUGAAGAGUGUUUUCCCGGAGGUGUCCACUGGCUGUCCAUUGGUCAGCUGGACAAACCGGACCUGCUGGUGAAGAUCCAGUUAUUGUGUUUUCGUCUGGAGCAGAGCCUGGAUUCCCAGUCCCUUCAUCGAACCCCAAGCUCUCUAGAUGAAGCCAAGGAGCGCCUGCGCUUCCUCAUGCUACGCAGAUAUCCGAGAUCUCUGCUGAUUCUAGAUGACAUCUGGGACAGUACAGUGCUGAAGGCAUUUGAUAUCCACUGUCGGAUACUUUUGACCACCAGAAAUAGAAGCCUUACUGAUUCAGUUAGUGGUGCUAAAUAUGAGGUGGAGGUGGAGAGUGGUCUAGAUGAAAACAAAGCAUUGGAAAUCCUUGCUCUGUACACAAAAACUAAACCAAAGGCACUUCCUGAGGAGGCUCGCAGCAUUGUAAGAGAAUGUAAAGGCUCUCCUCUGGUGGUGUCCUUGAUUGGGGCUCUGCUCAAAGAGAAACCCAACCGUUGGCAUUACUACCUCGGCCAGCUGCAGCAGAAGCAGUUUAAGCGGAUAAGAAAGUCAUCAUCCUACGAUUAUGAUGCCCUAGAUCAGGCCAUGGCUGCAAGUAUUGAGGUCCUGCCUGAUGAACAUCAAGAGCUUUACAAGGACCUUACUGUAAUAGAAAAGGACAUCAAAGUCCCUGCUAAGGUACUGUCUGUUCUGUGGGACCUGGAGCCGGAGGAGGUGGAGGACAUUCUUGAGGAGUUUGCCAAUAAGUCUCUGCUCUUUGUGGACAGUCACAAUAAACCAUACCUAUACUACCUCCAUGACCUCCAGCUGGACUUCCUGGUGGAGCAGAACCGUACUGAGCUAGAAAGCCUCCACACUAAGGUGGUGCGUCAGUACCAGCAGCACUACAGAGACGGCCCUCCCACGUCAGGAGAUGAGGAAUGUCUCUAUUGGAUCAGAUUCCUGCCCUACCACAUGGCCAAAGCCAAUCUCUCUCAAGAGCUCUACUCCCUCAUGUUCUCUUUGGAUUGGGUCAACAUCAAGGCCCAGAUAAUGGGUCCAGCCCACCUCAUCAAUGACUAUGUGGAGUAUGGACCCAUUCUGGACAAAGAGAACAGUGAAGUGCGCAGUCAGUUCCAGGAGUUUUUGUCUCUGAACGGCCACCAGCUGGAGCAGCGUCCUUUUCCUGAUGUGGUGCAACUGGCACUGUCUCAGCCAUGCACCUCUGAGGUCUACAGGCAGGCUCUGCAGCAGGCACAGGACCGGGCCAGCACAGGGAAACUCUACUUUGACUGGCUGAAUAAGAGCAGUGUAGAGAGUCUGUCCCGUCUGGUGAUCCACCCCCAGCAGGGCUCCAUCUACUCUGCCUGCUUCUCUCAUGAUGGAGCCAAGAUCGCCUCCUGUGGAGCCAGCAAGACUCUGAAGGUGUUUAAAAGCACCUCAGGUGAGAAGCUCAUGGAGAUCCCGGCCCAUGAUGACGAGGUUCUCUGCUGUGCCUUCUCCCCUGACGACCAUCUUCUAGCAACCUGCUCUAGUGACAGGAAAGUAAAGGUGUGGAAUGUAGAGCGAGCCAUGCUGCUGAGGGUCUUUGAGGAGGAGCAUGAAGAGCAGGUCAACCACUGUCAGUUUACCAACACGACACGGCGCCUCCUGCUGGUCACCUGCUCCAAUGACAAAUAUCUGAACGUCAAGGUGUGGAACCUCAACAAGCCAUCCUCCCAGAACACCCUGUUUGGCCACUUUGAGCCAGUCAACCACUGCUGCUUCUCCCCUGAUGACAGCUAUGUGUCAACGUCCUCCAACGAUGGCACUGUAAAGCUAUUUCAAGUAUCAUCUGCCAACAUGUGGAAGACAAUCAAUGUGAGGAACAUGUUUGCAGAGAGCGAUGAAGAGGUGCUUGUCAAGUGCAGCACCUGGACGGCAGACAGCAAACGCAUCAUUUGUGCUGCCAGGAAUGCUGUUUUGGUGUUUGAUGUGGACACAUCAGACAUGUUGUUGGAGAUCAGGACCAGUCGUCUGAGCAUGGUGCAAUACUGCCACGCCUGUCCUACCAGUAAUCUGCUGGCUAUUGCCUUCUCAAACUAUGCUGUGGAGCUGUGGGACUUAGAAGCCAAUAAGAAGAUGGCUGACUGCAGUGGUCACUUAAGCUGGGUCCAGCGUGUCCAGUUCUCUCCUGAUGGCUCACAGCUGCUCUCCUGCUCUGACGACCAGACUGUCAGGUUAUGGGAGACUAAGAGGGUUCACACCUCCAAAGCCAUCCAUCUGAAGAGAGACUCUGAUGUCCUCUUCAAUGAUGAAGAUAUCAUCGUGUCAGCUGCAGACAACUGCAACAGGCUGCAGGUGCGCAACGGCAGAACAGGAUCGGUGCUGUUUCAGUCAGAAGAGAAGUCAUCCAGGAUCCGUUGUACCUGUAUGUGCAGACAGCCCUCUGUGGUGGCUCUGGGCCAAGAGGAUGGCACUGUACAGGUGUUGGAGGUGCCUUCUGGAAAGCUUCUGGCCACUCUGCUAGGUCAUACGAAAACAGUGCUACACUGCCAGUUCAGCCACAAUGGUCAAAUACUCAUCACAUCUUCAGAGGACACCACCAUAAGGUUGUGGAGGUGGCAGUCAGGGGUGUGUAAAGUACUCCAGGGUCACAAGGAACAGGUCAGAUGCUUCUGUCUGCUCUCCAACUCACCAGCCAACACAAGACUACUGUCCUGGUCUUUCGACGGCACUGUCAAGGUGUGGGACAUAGAAAGUGGAGAGAAGCUGCAGGACAUCGAGGCUCACCGGGGAGCAGUUCUGUCCUGUCAUGUCUCACCAGACGGAUGCUUUCUCGCCACCACUUCUGCUGACAAGACUGCUAAGUUGUGGCAGUGUGAGUCCUGGCAGUGUGUCCACACACUCAGUGGUCAUCAAGGCUGUGUCCGAAGCUGCCGGUUCUCCUGGGACAGCCUGCGCCUUGCAACUGGAGAUGAUAACGGCGAGAUCCGGCUCUGGAGUGUCAAGGACGGGUCUCUGCUGAAGAUCUGUUCCCGGGAGGGUAAAGAUGGCAUGGACUCACUCCACGGAGGUUGGGUGACCGACCUUCACUUCUCCCCAGACAACUCCCUUCUUGUCUCGACUGGCGGCUACAUCAAGUGGUGGGAUGUGGAGAAAGGAGAGGCCCUGCAGACCUUCUAUCCAAAGGGGAGCACUUUGAAAAGGAUCCAUGUGUCAUCCAGCUUCUCCACCUUCGUCACCAUUGACAGCAUUGGCAUUCUUUACGUCCUCCAGAGGGUGGUGUGAUGACAGUGGUGCCAGCACAAAAGAU